AUGGAUGCCAUAUUCCACGAGAAACAAGAGGGCUCUCUCUGCGCCCAGCACUGCCUCAACAACCUACUGCAGGGUGAAUACUUCACUCCUGUGGAUCUCUCCUCUAUUGCCCAUCAAUUGGAUGAAGAGGAGAGGAUGAGGAUGGCAGAGGGAGGAAUGGGCAGUGACGAGUACAGAACCUUUUUACAGCAACCAUCUGGAAAUAUGGAUGACAGUGGGUUCUUUUCAAUACAAGUUAUUAGCAAUGCUCUGAGUGUAUGGGGACUGGAGCUUAUUCUUUUCAACAGUCGAGAGUACCAGAGCCUGAUGAUAAAUCCAAUAAAUGAGAAAGCCUUCAUAUGCAAUUACAAGGAGCACUGGUUUACUGUACGCAAACUUGGACAACAGUGGUUUAACUUGAAUUCCCUUUUGACUGGACCGGAGUUGAUCUCGGACACUUAUUUAGCGCUUUUCCUUGCACAGUUACAGCAAGAGGGUUAUUCCAUAUUUGUAAUCCGAGGACAUCUUCCAGAGUGUGAAGCGGAGCAGAUUCUUGGGAUCAUGAGAGUGCAACAGCAGCAGCGGCCAAAACUUAUUGGCGAGGACCAAGCUCAGACAAGUGCAGGCAGGUUGGCGACUCUGAGCCAGACAGAGAUAGGCUUCAAUGUCCAGAGUGACGCUGUAGAUGAAGAUGAAGCGCUGAAGAGAGCUCUCGCACUCAGCAGACAGGACAUUGAUGUAGAAGAUGAGGAAGCUGAUCUUCGCAGGGCCAUUCAGCUUAGCAUGCAAGGAGCCGUGUUGACCAACGCUUCUACAGAUUCUAGUAGCGGACGUGUGAGAGUAGACAGCAAGGCUGAAGGAGAACUAAGAGGCAACAAUGAAAUGCUCACAGCAGACGAGCUAAGGAAAAGGAGGCAAGCUUACUUUGACCGGCAGCAGCAACCUCUCCAGUCUAACAUUCCUUCACAAGAAAACACAACAUCAAUAGGUAAGCAGGAGAACAGUUGCACUGAAGUGGACCAACAACAAAAGCCUAGCCUGUGA